AUGUCUUCCACACUUGAACAGAUUUUAGCAACCUUCCUCAAUGCUAACAGUAUUCUCACUCGAACAAUCUCUACUCUCUCUGUGUUAUUCUUCAUAUAUGGAUUCUACUGUUUCAUAUUUGGACUAUCAAUCCAUGUUCUCUUUCACCAAUCCAAUCCUGUCCACAGGCUACAGACAGGAUGCACUAUAGCUCUGUUUAUACUAGCAACCAUCUAUAUUGUUAGCCAAGUAUGGGCAACAUUCGGACAAGCCUCUAUUGGGUUUCAUGCUGCAACAACAAAGGAUUAUGCUUCAGUUAUCCAGUAUCUCAAGGGAGAUGAUGGGAAAAUUGCUUGGGUUGGCACUUUGGACAUAGUUUCAAAUCUCAUGAAUUCAAUAGCUGACAUAAUGCUUAUUCAUCGCUGCUAUCGCAUUUUCAAUUCAAACAAACUUGUUCUGUUUACACUUGGUUUUUCUGCAUGUAUUCUAAAUGGUAUUGAUCUUGGGUGUAUCAUUGCCAUCACAAUUGGAUAUGGUAGCUCAUCAAAACCUGACAAUCCCAACCUUAUAAUGAAAGUGCAGUCUAUUGACAAUGGAGUUGUAAUAGGAAUAGCUAUUUUCCAAACUAUAUUGACAUUCUUGACUGGAGGGCGCAUUUGGUGGAUUACCCAUCAAGCAAGGAAAUUGAUGGGAGGGUCAACAUGCACAAGAUAUAAUAACAUUAUAGCUAUCAUUAUUGAGUCUGGAUUACUAAAUGCAGGUUUCCUGUUGACUGAAGCAGUGGUUGAACCUAUAUUGGAUAGUGGGGGAAUAAGCAAUGCACCAAUUGAUUUCACAAUUUUUCCAGUAUUAAUGUCUGGUCUUUCUCCUACAAUGGUUAUUGCCUGGGUAGCAUAUGGAAAAUCUGUUGAGAGUGUUCAGCAGGCAAUAUCAAUGCACCACAGAUCUAAUACCGAGACUAGCCACCUGAGGUCUGCUACAGGCAUAAGGCAGGCAACUAUUGACCUUGAGUCACAAACUCAGGCUGGUAUUACCAUCAGUGACCUAUAG